AUGCUCUGGAGCCAGGGUGAAGGCCUUCCGGAGAGCGGCAUUAAGCUGCAUUUGGACCAGCAACAUGCUGUUUCUGUUACCAGAGAAUUCCAAUCCCUAUCAGACUCAUUACAGAAUAUAAAUCCAGUCAGAGUGCAGUCGGGUCCAGUCGGAGAUCAGUCAAGAGAGCAACUCGCUCACUCGGCUCGACCGGAAAGGCUCGGACCCCCGGGGCAAACAUCAGACUCAAUUGGACCAGCAACAUGCUGCUUCAGAUACCAGAGAACUCCAAUCCCUAUCAGAGUCAUUACAGGGUAUAAAGUAACAGACCCUCAGUGUCCAAAAUCUGCAGUCAUCUUUACCCUGAAGAACAACCGUCAGGUGUGUGUAGAUCCUGAUCUCAAGUGGGUGCAGAGACACAUGAGAAGAAUUGACCAGAUCCUGAUCAAUACUUAUAUGAGUACAUUUUAAUCUCCAUCUCAUCCAUCUUCUCUCUUUAAUGAGUAAUUCAUAUUCAUACAGAAUUCACUUUUUCUGUAGUUCAGCAGGAACAAUCUUUUUUACAUUAUAUAUUAAAUCAUAAAUUGUGUCCAGGAUCAUUUAUCUGAUUUAUUCUUAGACUCUGGUAUAUAUAUAGUUAUAUAGUUUAUAUAGUUUUCUAAUCAGACACAAUACAGUAAAAGACUUUGAUUAUAUUCAAUAAAAACCUGUAAAAGAAUUAAAAUCAAUAAAU